GGCAGCCAAUGCGGUGGCUCCAGACGGGGAGCUGCCCGCCCGGGCGGCUGGUGCAAAUACGCGGCGAGGGCGGGCCGGGCCAGGGAAGCCGCCGCCGCCGCCGCCGCCGGACCCCCCGAAGCUGCGAGGUCGCGCUUCGUCGCCGGCUGGAGGUGGUUUCAGUCGGGGAAGGAGUGGAGAUCUGCCGGGAGCUUCUGUUUUGUGGAGUACUUCAGAGCUUUCUACUCUUUCCAGUUUUUUAACACCCCUCCAGGGAAGGUCAUUCAUCAGUAUCAUCAGGUUUCAGCUAUGUGGCUCUACCUGGCUGUCCUGGUGGGGCUUUACCUCCUUCGUCGCUGGUACCGGGAGAGACAGACGGUGGAGAGCCUGACGGAGAAAUACGUCUUCAUCACCGGCUGCGACACUGGCUUUGGGAACCAGCUGGCCAGGCAGCUGGAUGCUCGGGGUCUGCGGGUGCUGGCCGCUUGCCUCACUCCGGAAGGGGCAGAGCGUCUGGAAAAAGUCACUUCCGACCGGUUAAAAACCACCCUGCUGGAUGUCACCAGCACUGAGAGUGUGGCAGCAGCCGCUGAGUGGGUGAAAACAUGCGUGGGGAACAAAGGGCUCUGGGGCUUGGUCAACAACGCAGGUACAGGUGACCCUGUAGCUAUCAAUGAAUGGCUGACUAAGGAGGACUUCGCCAAGGUGUUGAACGUCAACCUGCUUGGGCUGAUUGAUGUGACGUUGCACAUGUUGCCCCUGGUGAGGAAAGCCAAAGGGAGGGUGGUCAAUGUGAGCAGUGUGAUGGGAAGACUGGCAUGCUUUGGAGGAGGGUAUUGCCCAUCCAAGUACGCUGUGGAAGCCUUCUCAGACACUCUGAGACGUGAACUUUCUCCAUUUGGGAUAAAGGUCAGCAUUGUUGAGCCUGGUGCUUUCAACACAUGCAUUCUCCAACGUACAUUAGACAGCUUCCAGACUUCAUGGAACAAAACCCUUUCUGAAACCAAAAAAGCCUAUGGGCAGCUGUUCUUUGACAACCUUUUGAAGACCUUGCAGAGCCUCAUGAAAUCUAGAAACAAGAACCUUUGCUUGGUCACUGAUUGCAUAGAACAUGCCCUGACUUCCUGCUACCCUCGCGCUCGCUACAGUGGCGGCUGGGAUGCCAAGUUCUUCUACCUUCCAUUGUCCUACUUGCCAACCUCAGUAGCAGACUACAUAGUGGCCUACUUUUGGCCAAAACCAGCACAAGCAGUGUCAGGAUGAACCAACAAGCCAUUGCUUCCUGUUCAGGGAUUAAUAUCCUGAUAUAAUGCAGAAUCAUCAAUAGGGCGAGGAUUUCUAUGACAUGUCAUAUUUUUUCUGGAACCUUUAUUUGAAUUUAUAAGUAAGUUAAAACAUGUUUUAGAGUAAUCUGGUAAGAAUUAGAUGCUUUUUAUUUUGCCUGAAAAGUCAUAUUAUGACUUUUUAAAGGUGUAUGUCAUAUUUCUGCUUAAUUUGUAAUAAACAUCAUAUUUUGGUCAUUGGCAACCCUCCUGAUAAGCCAGCAAGUUCAAGCCAGCAAAGAAAGUGAGAAUUUGCCUGGUUUUCCUUUUCUGAAACCUUGGCUGUAAACUUAGCAUAUAUAGGAUCUCACUUCAGUGGAUUACAAGAGCAAUCACCCACCUUGAAACCGUAGGAAUGGAACUCAGUGAUGCACUGAAGAUUGUAAAGCAAACUGAGAGUGAUUUAAAGCAAGCCAAGGGGAAAGUGGCUGAAAAAAAUAGUGAUAAACUGCAAAGAGUGCUGCAAUCUAAUCUGGGUUGCUCAACACUUUGCAAAAUAAAUAACAUUCUAAAUGGACUCAAAGCAAAAUUUGAAGACUUCGAGCCAGAAUUUUCCCCAGAUGAGUUUGCUUUUUUCAAAUUUGUUCCUAUAACCUCUUGUGAUGUCGAACAGUUUCUCCAGAUACAAGAACAUACUGGUGGACAACAGGAGGAGUUUUGAGUUUGGUAACCUCAAGAUGCACGUGGUCAUCCAAUGCAAUUCUGCUGUUAAUGAAAACUAAUCCAGGGAUGACCAUUUUACUCUCAAAAUGUUCAUCUGAUUCCUUUAAUACUAGCACUUCUGCACUGGAAGUGAAGAAGAAUAAACCUUUUAGUGUUUGUGUGUGUGUGUGUGUGUGUAAGCACAGAUUUUUAAAAAUUGGGUGCUAAUUUCAGAAAAAUUGUAAAGUCAUAUUUUUGCUUUAAAAGUCAUAUUUUUGCUUUAAUUGGUCAUAUUUAAACGGUUUGAAGGUCAUAAAUGCUUGCAUAUUUCUAACAUUUUUAGGUCAUAGAAACCUUUGCCCUAAUCAUCAAUAUCUGGAAAGAGAGCCAGUAGUAUUUCAUCAGCUCUGAACUGUUGGGUCAGAUAGCUUAAGCUGUCUUGCUGUACUGAACUCAGUGGGUCUCCUAGAAAUUGCAACAGGAGAUGCAUUUUUACCCGUUUCUGCAGUUGUAUGGUCUGGCCUAGAAAGGGUCAUAAAUUAUACCAGAAUCCUAGCAGCAGCUGUUAGAAAAGCAAGAAACCACCAAAGAUUUCCCACAAAACAUUUAUGAUCAGUGUUUCUGUCUGCUAAAAUGGAUUUAAAGGGAACUUGGGAGAAAUAUUUUCAGGAAUAAAACUAUAUUUGAAAUGGUAAAAAUGAGUUGUAUUUGUAUAAGAUACUGUAAUCCUAAGUAGCAAGGAUGGCAGCAGACCUUCAAUCUAAUCUACCAGAUAACAUUUUCUGUUUAAAAGCUUAAACAUGAAUCUCUUCAUUAAAGUCUACAAGUCGAAGUCAUAAAAGAAUGCCAUCCUUUCAUACUUGAGUCCCAACGGUUGACACAAAUGCUCAAGUAACAGUAUUUACACCGUGCUCAUGGCCCAGGAGUAUCCACAGGGGGAAGAGGGGAACACAUGGUGUGCAUGACUGUAUCGUUGCCUGAGUGCUACAAUGCUGUACUUGUGUCAGAUACUGGGACACAAGUAUCUAAGGGUGACAUUUGCAUGGUAAUGUCUUUGUGCUCAUGUCAUUAUUUUUGCAUCAUCAUGGUUUGCUGUGGAUGUGGCUGUGAAAGAAAGGCAGUGAUGGUGGCUUUCAUAGGAUUUGCUUAAAAGGGUUCUUUCAUUCUGCUUACGCAAUCCAGCUUCCAUAGCUAGUCCUUUUUAUGCAUAUAACACCAUUUAUAGUAUGGGGCACAGCAUGGUGAAAUAUUACAUAAGGUUAACUUGAUUUAAUACUUGUUGGGACAUGCAACAGCUCUAGAGGGUAUCGUUACAUGGCGAGUUAGAGUAGAAUCUCGGACUUAGCAAUGUUGAGAUUAUGCUUAUAACUGGAGUGCUACUAUGGGUUUCUUUAAGUUCGUAAAUGUAUUUCUUUGUAGCUCUCCUGUAACAUUGUUAAGAAUUAAAUUUCUGUUCUUGUGUCCAUCUGUGCUGGUCAGUAACUAAUAGUUACUGACUAAAUGUUUUAUGUAUAAGUUAUGUACAAAUUAGGCAAAAUAAAGCACUGGUGAUGAUGGA